AUGGCAACCGAUCCUUAUCUGCAUCUGGUGGAAGUGCUUUCGAUGUUUGACAACGCUGAUAAAUAUAUCCCAUUUAAAGUGAUCAACACGGCUUACAAAAGCUUUGAUGAGGGUCGUUCUCACAUCAAUGCCGACAUUUUCAUCCCUCAGACUAUAUUAUCGAAGCAAGAUCUUUCGAAAUGUCCAGUCAUGGUACGCAUCCAUGGCGGAUUUUUGGUCACCGGUUCUAGUCGGUAUCCUGUUUGGUUCGCCAAUUGGACAUUAGACUACGCCAUAUCAACAGGGGCAAUUAUUGUGGCUCCAGACUACCGUUUGCUGCCCGAAGUAUCCGGAAAAGAUAUAUUGGAAGACAUGGAUGAUUUUUGGCAUUGGGUUCACAGCUCGCAAUUUGCUGAAACAAUCAAAGAUGCUAGCGACGGCCAUGUUACCCCAGACCUUGAUAGGCUCCUCGUCGCUGGGGAAAGCGCGGGCGGCUAUCUGACUAUGCAACUGGCACUCAGUUACCCAUCGGAAAUUCGUGCUGUCAUCGCAGCCUAUCCAGUUCUUGAUGUGAAAUCAAAGUUCUACACAGAGGCAUAUCCCAAACCUAUCCUUGGAGUGCCCAACUUUCCGAAUGAGAUCAUUGAAGAACACAUUUCAGCCAUGCGAGCUGCACCCUCACCCACUGUGAUUACUGCUGCAAAUCCCCCAGAUCGUCUCAAGCUGGCAUUCUCAGUAUUUCAAAAUGGUCGAUUGCUAGAGUUCCUCGGGUCGGAAGACAAUCUCUUCCCGAUGAACAGGGUUGAGAAUCUCGCUGCAGCCGGAAAUCUGAAACUGCCUCCAACUUUCAUUUUCCAUGGAAAACAGGAUUCAGCCGUGCCAUUUGAAGGCUCUCAGCGGUUCUAUGAUUUAGUGCGAGAAAAAGCGCCCGGUGCAAUUAUUAAGCUUCACGGCGAAGAAGGUGAUCAUGGUUUUGACUUUGCGGCAACGUUGGAGACGGAUUGGUUGAAGGACGGGUUGGAAACGAUCUCGAAGGGUUGGCUUGGCAGCACGAUGGUGCACUAG